AUUAUGACGCGCUUUGUAAUUAUGUCUCUUUCAGUGAAGCUGGCGCGAGUCCCGGAGCUUUUAAUUUCUCGGAACCGGCGUGGCGUGACGUCAUCACGCCCCCCGGUGCUCGCGGUAUCCCACGGACGGCAGGAGCUGCACGGGCGCGCGAGCUCUCCUCGAUUGGCCCGGGUGAUAUUUAAGGCUCGAGGCGCGCGCGGUAACGGACACGCUAACGGGAGCCGCGACGCAAUGGAGGGAACAGCGGACUCAGACACGCCCGUCCCCGAGAGAACCGCGGCGGACAGAGCGGCGGCGCUCGCGCGCUUGCUGCACCGCGACUGCACGCGUCUGCUCGAGCUCUACAAAGAGCGGGAGGACUUCCUGUCCCAGCAUGCACCGGGCGGCGAGCGUCUGGUGACCCUGACCCUGUGCCCUGAGGCCCUGAGCACCACUGAGCAGGUGGGACACGUGCGCUCGGCCCUGCGGCGCUGCAUGGAGCUGCUGGAGUGUCUGAUUGUGCGAGAGGUGGAGGAGAUGGGCGAGGAGCUGCAGGGAGAGUACGAGAAUCUGAGGAAGAGCGUGAAGGACCGGCUCGGGCACCUGCUCCACAGCACCGGGGCCCUGCUGGAGAACGGAGAGGGGGGCUGCCCGCCGUCCCCACCGCUGCAGUGCGUCCAGGGUCAGGAUGAAGUUGAAGCUUCUGAUAGUUUUGCUGCUAAAGUCUGGACCUACAGAGUUCUGCUGGAGCUCAUCCACUGGACCGAUUCUGCCUCCCAAACCCUUCAUGUGUUCCACACCGAGGCACACGGCCAGCAGCAGCAGCUCCUCUAGAUCCUGAACUAAACUCCACAUUCAGAGGGAAUCAGUAAUCUAGGCCAGGACCACGUUUAGUGCAGGAAACCAGUGCAGAUCAAGGCCGCAGACGUCUAGAACUCACUUGGAUUUAAUCAGACCUGUAGUUUAGACCACACCGAGUUCAGGACUAAAACAGAACCAAUAUUGAUUACAAAAACUCAUGUAGCAUCUCUCAAUCUCAGCAUGAAUAGUGUUUUCCCCCCAAAUCAAAGCAUAUCCUUUGUUUAUACCCCAGAGUUUAGUUUUAUAUCCCACUGAUGAAUUAUUUGACUUGUUUUAUAAACCUCUCAACAGCAACAAAACCGUUUGUUUGGGGUAAAUUACAUUUAAGACAUUCUCUUAACUUUAACUGGAUCCAAAGACAACAUACUCAGUUUUGGGGAGUAUAUUGCUACGUUCAGAUGAGAUUCUACUACUCUACGGUCUUGGUCUUGAUAUUGUGUGCGAUUUUAACAGUAUGCUGUGCUCUUGAAGUAUGAUACAGCUGCCCAUCAGGGCUCUUCUGUGAAAUACAUCACGCUUCACACACACACGCUUCAGCUUUAGUUACACACCUGAAGAAACCUAGACGUUUACCUGUAAAUUCAACAGAGGUCAGUAGAGAGUCCUUCACUGCAGGAAGUGUUCUGCCCUCAUUUACUCUCACUACAAACUUUAGAAGAUAUUUACUGCUGUUCUAGUCCAAACAAUGAACACAGACAGUGAGCAGAAGCGCUCAAGGCAACAGAAUGCACCAACUCAAGAAAUCUUAAUGCAUGUAACAUGCAAAAAUUGCAAU